AUGUAUAGUAAACUGGAACAAAGAUGGGUUAGAAUUCUACAAGCUAAGUAUUUGGAUAGCGGGGAGAAGGAAAGGAUCCUAACAGUGAGAGAUCCCCCAAGAGGGUCAGCUUUGUGGAAUUUUUUGGUGAGUUGUAGAAGCCUGAUAACAAAUCACAUUUCUUGGCAUAUUGGUGAUGGGCGUAAGGUGAACUUUUGGCAGGAUUCCUGGGAUGGACAUCCAUCUUUAGAAUCCCAGGCUUUUCAGCAGAUAGUUUUAAAGACUUGUCAAGUUUGGGGCUCUAAGGUGUGUGAUUUUUUGUCGAAUGAUACGCCCUUGCUGGGGCAGAGAAGGAGCUGGAAAGGCCAUCGGGAUUUAAAUUUGGGGGAAGAGGAGGAAAGAUAUCUGAGCAAGAUCUUGGGUAAUCGUGAGGUUUUGUUCUCGAAGGAGGAGGAUGAAAUCAUUUGGUGCGGGUCAAAGAGUAAAUGCUACUUGGUGAAAGUGGGAAUCACUCUUUUGGAAAGAGAUGCCAAGAUGAAGGAGUGGGAAUCUAAGAUUUGCUGGAACAAUGUGUGCCUUCCGAAAGCUGGAGCCUUUGCGUGGCUGGCUGGCAAUAAGAGGAUUCUUUCUGGAGAUCGCCUGAAGAAAAUGGGGUUUGCAAGUCCUUUUCACUAUGUUCUAUGUGAAAAGGCUGACGAGGAUGUGGAUCAUCUUUUGCUAAAUUGUGAUUUUGCUCAGAAGGCGUGGCUUUUUGGGCUGCAGAGAUUGAAUUAG